CUAAAUUCUUACACCCCUCAGAUCUGGCCAUAUAUACUUCUCUUAGUCUUUUCAUUCUAGGUGUUGUCCUUCAUCUCCUUCACCUCGUCGAGAAUCCACAAACUGAAAACAUCACUAGAUAAACAAAUCAAUCGCUCCACAAUGGGCAGCAUGGAACAGCCUCAAACUCUCACCUAUGGCACAUUUCGCUAUAUCACCAAGGGAAUCAAGCCAACAGAAAGCAAGCACCUGUACCACCUUCCCGAAACAUCCGAAUUUGGAGACAUUCGCUCCCUCCCCAUGACAGACAUCCGCUCCUCUCUCGACCUCGGCCAAGACUCGCCCUACAAACUCAACCUCCAAGGCUUCACAGCCCGCCGGCACCUCACCGCCCUAAAAUCCCCACCCUACACCCACGCAAGCUGGAACGACGAGACAAUCCUGAAAGAAAUCUACAUCCCGGAGAUCGAGGCCCUGCUCCUGGACGUCACGGGCGGGAAAACAGUCUUCACAGACUCAGUCGUGAUGCGCAACAACAUCCACAUCGAAAUCGACGGCCUCGCCCGUGAAGAGAGUAAAGAAGAGGUUUCUGAGUUCCCGAAGUUUGUGGGUACGAAGGUUGGUUCGGGUGGCUCGCCGGCGCCGAAAGUGCAUUUGGAUUAUGCGCCGAAUGGGGCGAGGGCGCAUAUUAGAAAAUACCAUGCGAGGGUUGCGGAGUUGAGUUCUGAGAUCAUUGAGGCUGAGGAUAGGCUCCUUGCAAAGGGGAUCUCGCUCGCGGAGCUCAAGGAUCAUUAUAAUGGCCCGCGUUGGGCUAUGUUCAGUGUUUGGAGGCCUUUGAAGACAGUGAAGCGUGAUCCGCUUGCUUUGUCUGAUUGCAGGACUUUCCCGAAGGAGGAUUAUGUUGAUUACAAGGUCUCUUUCCCAUCGGCUGGGGGAGAGGAGAGCCAUAAAGAGGAAGUGUUUUUGGCAUGUGGGAGUGAGGGACAUGCGUGGCAUUGGAUUUCAAAUCAGCGACCUGAUGAGGUACUGAUUAUUCAGUUGUUUGAUAGUGAGGCGGAGAAGAAUGGGCUUGGUGUGGCGGGGGGUGUGAUGCAUUCUAGUGUGCAUAUCGAUGGGAUGGGGAAGGAGGAGGCGAGGGAGAGUGUUGAGGUGAGGUGUACGGUGAUUUGGUAGAUUCGAUUUGAAUUCUAGUACGGAGACAGCGGCAUAAAGUGACGGGAAUACAGGGCAUGCAUAAUUCUAGGGCCUCUAAUAUGCCCUGUAGUGUCUCACUUGGCCCUGCAGCCACUGUAAUUACACUGAGUCAAGGCCAUAAGACCCUUGAAGGCUCACUGAAACCUCAUGCAGCUCGAUUAGGACGUUAUAUUAAGC